AUGACAAAACAAACAUUUUUGGAUGCGAUAGCUAUUGGAAAUGUAUUGCCAUCACCUUUAGUAAUGUUUUCAACGUUUAUUGGAUAUCAAGGAGGUUAUGUCUAUGGUGGUGUUGGUUAUGGAUUUUUAGGAGCUGUAUUGAUUACCAUUGGAAUAUUCACUCCAUGCAGAGUUGUUGGUAUUAUAGCAGUGACAGCUUUCGAUCUGCUUAAAGCUUCAAUAACAACCUCGGCUAGUUUGGUAUUAUAUCCUGCCGGGGUUGAAAGAGAUUUGAUUGCUGCCAAGCAAAGCUCUCUUGCUGCAGUUCUUUACAUAUUGACUUUGGGUAUUUUAUAUAAAUUUAGAAAACCUUUGACUUCGCUUUUAUUGGUUAUUUUCGGUGCUAUCAUUGGUCAAUAUUUAUUCAUAGAAGAAUUAUAA